GUCAAAGCCACUUGAAUCAGUGGCGGGGCUGGAAGGGGCGUGAGAAUAAAAUACCGUACAUGGCUUAUGCAGUGGCAUUGCUGUGGGCAAUCUCGUUUCAAUCUCAUUCUCAGUGUCUACCACCGUGCACGACUUGACCUUGAGCCUUAGAUAUGGCUCUUCCCAAGCGGAUCAUCAAGGAAACUGAGCGCCUCGUCGCAGACCCCGCGCCUGGAAUUACUGCCGCACCGCAUGAGGACAACCUGCGUUACUUUGAUGUAACGAUCCAAGGGCCUGAUGGCAGUCCCUUCCAACAGGGUGUGUUUCACCUGGAACUAUUCCUGCCGGAGGAAUACCCCAUGAGUCCCCCAAAGGUACGAUUUCUCACAAAGAUAUACCACCCAAACAUCGACAAACUGGGUAGAAUCUGUUUAGAUAUUUUGAAAGACAAAUGGUCCCCCGCAUUGCAAAUUCGGACAGUCUUGUUGUCGAUACAAGCUUUGCUAAGUGCGCCCAAUCCAGACGACCCAUUGGCUACCGAUGUCGCCAAGCACUACAAGGAAGAUGAGAAGGACGCACAAAGGGUCAGCAGGGAAUGGACGGAGAAGUAUGCGUUCAACUGAUAAUACUGGAAUAUCACAACGGUCUGGAUACACGAGAUGAGGACUUCAUCCUUAGGCUUCUAAGUCUGAUUCGGCGUGGAUGCGGGGUUCGUUUACUAGAUCAAAUUAGACGUGGCCUCCAGGAAAGGGGACUUGAUGUGGUCAUGCGUUGAUUAAUACUUUCGUAAGUCGCUCGUAAGGGCAGCACAAUUUGUAUUUGUUCGACGAAUAGUUGGGCCGAAAUUGGGCUUGGGUAUUGAUCUA